AUACACCCUCCAAUUAGGGAGGAGAGGGAGUUUCCUAGCUAGAUUCCCCUUUGGGACCGUUUUGUUGCCCCUUUAGGAUUUUUUCCCCUGUGGAAUCGCAAGGUGCCAUGUGGCGAGGAGGCCUCUGUCUGCGGCUGUUGCAGACUCUGAAGUCUCCGGGAAGCGUUGCUGCGACCGGAAGCGCCAAAGAUGCCCAAGGAUGGGUUGAUGCCAUGACCCGAAGGGCCGCAGCGGCUUCCGUCUUUCCUUCGUGGAUGUCCCGGGUAGGAUUACGAACGUUUAGCACCGUAGGGAAAUCUGAGCUGUGGGAUAGAGAAGAAGGCGCCGGAGCGGAGUUUCAAAACUUGCAAGAAGCGGAUAGAGAUGGGCAGGAAUCGAGCAUCAGUUCAGAUCCUGUUCCUUCAGUAUUCAGCAUUGAUGAUAUGAUAUCACUUAUGAGACAAGAAAAUGCCAAAGAUAUUUGUGUUAUCAAUUUGCCUCCAGAAAUAAAAUACAGCAAUUAUUUUAUAAUUUCCAGUGGAUCUUCUACAAGACAUCUUCAUGCCAUGGCACAAUAUUUGGUAAAAAUGUACAAGCAUAAGAAGAACGAUACUGAUCCUCAUGUUGUGAUAGAAGGAAAAGAGACUGAUGACUGGCUAUGCAUUGAUUUUGGCAACAUCGUAGUCCAUUUCAUGUUGCCAGAGACACGAGAAAUCUACGAGUUGGAAAAGUUGUGGACACUCCGCUCUCAUGAUGAUCAGUUGACACAGAUGGUUCCAGAAUCUUUACCUGAUGACUUUGUGUUUGAGCUAGAUUCGAAACAGCAGUGAUUCAACCUCAUAUCAAAGGAUCAGAAAGAACUUUGCCCAGUGGCUCGCAGUGGUCCACUUGAGUCACUGAGCCAAUUCUUGGGAAGAUAAAGACUAAAUGAAGCACAUCAAGUGUCAGCAUUAGGCAGUAUUGAUAAGUACAGGUAGUCCUUGACUUAGAACCAUUCAUUUAGUGACAAACGGAACUUUGAAAAGUGACUUACAACUGUUUUUCACAACUGUUGCAGCAUCCCCAUGGUCACAGGAACAAAAUUUGAAUGCGUGGCAAUUCAUUUGGGUUUGACGGUUGCAAUGUCCCAGGAUCAUGUGAUCAUCUUUUGCAACCUUCUGACAAGCAAAGUUAAUGGGGAAGCCAGAUUCACGUAAAAACCCUGUUACUAACUUAACUACUGCAGUGAUUCCCUUAACAACAGCAGCAGGAAAGGUCAUAACAUGGAGCAAGAUUUACUUAACUGUCUCACUUAGCAACAGAAAUUUUGGACUCAGUUGUGGUUCAUUAAGUAGAAGGCUACCUAUAUAGAACUUAUCAAUGGGAAGUCAGUAAUGGCCCGUGGGAAAGACAUUGGCUCUUGUUGGAACGGCAAAGCUUUUGACAUGUGGAUAAUAGCUAUUUGAAAUAAUUCCUGUCGACAUUUGGGUCUUUUGGAUAGUGGCUUGUUGUGACAUUGACUGCAGUGCUACCUAUGUCAUCAGUCGAAUAAAGUUUUUUUGAAAUGUUUUUAAA